AUGGACAAGAAGGACAAGGCCAAGACAGGGGCUGCCGUGCGGACGCCGGCUUCUCGUCCUCCCGGUCUUGCGACCCCCAGGCCCCCAGGGUCUCCUCGACCUCCUCCCCCAGUAACCGCCGCAGCCCUUCGAGUUUUGGGAGCAACCGGAGCUAUGGGAAGAAGGCCCCUGGCGGAACGAGGUGGGGGCGUCAGCGGAGCCGCUGUUCCCGAGGCUGCAGCCCGAGUGGCACCGACUCGGAGCGCUGGAGCAGGUCCGCGGAGUCCAGCCUCCAGGCCCGCAGCGGCUGGGAGAGGGGAAAGGGCCUCUGCCAAGACCCCAGGCCAGGGCUCUAUCUCCAGCCCAGGGCGUGCCAGCGGGACUGCCAGGCCAGGCCCUGUUGGACAGAAGGGGCUCAGGCCUCCAGCUGAGGAACCUGUGGCCAGAGGAAAAACCCCAGAGGCACCCAAAAAAAGUGUCCUGAGCUCUGGAGCACGAAAGGACUCUUCAGGGCCCACCUCAGGAGCCUCCUCCCCAGCCAUUGCCCGGAGGUCUAAGGCUAUGGGCACAGAAGCAGGACUCCCCCGACCAGCUGCAAGUGCCCGGCCACGUCCCCCAACUGAGUUGCCCAGGAAAUCAGUGAGCAGUGCAACAGAACACAGUACCACAGAGGCCAGCCCAGCCGCCAGGAGGCGCCCCAAUGCUGGCGGGAGCCUCCAAAAGCCGGCCUCUCGUCCCCUGGGCUCCAAUGCUACUCCACUGUCCUCCCCAGCUCGUUCUGGGGCUUUGGCCCGUGGAACUCCGCGAGCUCCUGCACAUACCUCGCAGCCCAAGUCCAAAGGACUGCACACUCUACGCCCUCUGCAGGCCACAUCAGCAAGAAAGGACGCAGCCUCAGUGCAGGGCCUGGUAUCUCCUCCUCCUUUGGCCACGUCCUCGCCACCUGGUUCCACAGUACAACAGGCACCACUUCCCCAAGUCUCCGGGGCUCCCCUGCUGGCCACACUCCCUCCCUCUCCACCCACCACACCACCUCCACCUGCAUUGCUGAAUCUUCCUGCCACAUCCUCCCCACAGGACACGCCCCAUUCACAGACACUAACUGGCCCGACAGCCACGCCCCUUUCUUUAGCCACGGUCGCUCCACUCUCUUUGCAGACUCUCCCCUCUCCACCGGCCACGCCUCCCCUGCAAGCUCCACCCACAUGCCAGGAUAUAGCCUUUCCUCAAGAGGCUUCGGUCUCCCCGUUGCCCAUGGCUACAUCAGUUUCACCUCCUCUGCAGAAUGUGCUUUCCACCCAGGCUUCGGCUUGGUCCCCUCUUCAGACUCCCUUGGCCACACCUCCUUUGUCCGCUCCUCAACCUUUAGCUACGGCCCCUCUACAAACCCCUAUUUCUCCGCCAGUAUCUCCACAGAAUCCCUCCUCUCCCUUGACCAUGCCCUCUCUGCCAGCCCUUUCCACUCUGACUGUGAGCCCUCCACUGGCUCUUCUCUCUCCUCCCGCCUCACCUCCUCGGCAGGUUCCUCUGUCUCUCUCUGCCCCGCCCCCUCCACAGGUUCCACCUCUGGACUCUCCCCCUCUCUCUCCUUCAGUCUUGCCCACUCUGCAGGCCCCUCCCACAACCACCCCCCCUCAGCAUGUCCCACCUCUGGCCUUGUCCCCUCUUCAGGCUCCUCCCUCUCCCGUGGCCACGCCCCCACAGGCUCCGCCCUCACUGUCCUCACCCAUUCUGCAGACCCCUGCCUCGCCCCCUCCGCAGGUUCCACGCCGCCCCCCGACCCCAGGUCCAGAUGCUUCCAUUUCGGGUCCACGGCUGACCCUGGCACUGGCCCCCGCCGCGCCGCCGCCACCUUCGCGCAGCCCGUCCAGUACAUUGAGCGGCCCGGACCUGGCCGGCCACAGUAGCAGCGCCACAAGCACGCCCGAGGAGCUGCGCGGCUACGACAGCGGGCCCGAAGGUGGCGCCGCAGCCUCCCCACCUGCAGACGCGGAGCUCGCAGCCUGCCACCCGGCCGCCUGGAGCCGAAGUUCGGCUCCACCACUGGCAAUCCGCGGCGCGCCAGGAUCGGCCCUGCCGUGGCCUCCAGUUGCCGGGCCUGGCUCAACUGAUGGUCUGUGCACCAUCUAUGAGGCGGAAGGGCCCGAGUCGGCGACUCCCACACCAGGAGCACUGGAUCAGGGGCCCGAGUCCGGCGCUGGUGGUGGGAAGGCUGCGACCGGGCCCGGGACUGGGGUGUCCUCGCGGAGCCCAAAGCUUGCGCGCCUGGGCGAGCUGCCGCUGGGGGCGCUGCAGGCUAGCGUCGUGCAGCACCUGCUGAGCCGGACGCUGCUGCUGGCGGCGGCCGAGGGUAGUGCGGGAGGCAGCGGCAGUGGUCCAGGGGGUGCGGGAGGUGGUGGUGUCACCGGGAGCUCCCGAGCUCCGCUCAGCGACGCCGAACUGGGCCGCUGGGCCGAACUGUUGUCUCCUCUGGACGAAUCCCGUGCCAGCAUCACUUCGGUCACCAGCUUCUCUCCAGAUGACGUGGCCUCCCCGCAGGGUGACUGGACUGUGGUGGAAGUGGAGACUUUCCACUAAGCCAGACGGUAGCCCCGCCAACCACCCCUGUUUUAGGGUCCGCUCCUCCGGUGACACCUCUUUGUCUUAGACCCCGCCCCCAUUGCCCUGGAGCCCCUCUGUCGUUAGAUUGUUUUUAGUAGCCCCUAGUGUGGCAGUCUUUGGGACCAAGCUCCACCUCUACCUUUGGGGCCCACCCACACCCUUGGCCUAGGACCUCCCCUCGAGGCUACCCAUUUAAUCUAAGACGCGCCUCUGCCCUCCGUGAGUCCUGCUUUGCUCCCGUCCCACGUCCUGUGCAUUGUCUACCCGGUGCA